UGGAGGUUGAAGUGUUGCUCAGAAUGAGCAAGCAAAGCCAAGACACAGGGCAGCAUGAUGGCCUCUGCCAUAUCCCUUCCUCCAGGGGCAGAGGCUAAGAGACUACACAGCGCCACACUGGAAAUCUCUGGAAGAAGGCAUUUACACUUAGUCCUGUUUCUGCCCUACUCAUUCCUAGCUGGAAAAGCACCUGGCUUGCUCACAGGUGGUGUGCAGGAUGUCACAGGUGCCUCUAAUUCAAGGAGGGGUGAGGCCGUUUGCCUCUACAACCUCUCUGGGCAAUCUGGACCAUGGAUGGAGCCGGGUUAUUUGCAGUGGUGCCGCCGACCACCAGGACACGACGCAACGGGCAGAAAAACUGAUGCACACGAAGUUCCUCCUGAACAUGAGGUGCCCUAACGCGGUCCUACCGGGACCCUGAACACCCGCGGUGCUGUGUCCUAUACAUCUGUCCACAGGGCUUUAUUUAACCAUCAGCUCGCACCACCGCGCUCAUGCAAAUCGCGCUGCCGUGCACACUGAGCACACCGAUUCCGCGGGCAGAGAUGACAGGCUGAAAAAUCCCUUCUUCCUCCCCAUCGCCUCUAGCGAGGACUGCACAGGCGCCCACCCGGCGCCGGCCGUCUCCCAUGUCUGCCCCACGAGGGCGCCCGACAGAGCCGCCGGGACCCCCCCACCGCAGGGCCACCGCCCAGCGCGCAGGCGCGGCCCGAGCCACGGCCUCGGGGGGCGCGUCACUUCCAGGCUGGGCCGGGGCCCGGCGGUGGAGCGGCUCCCGUCCCGUCCCGUCCCGUCCCGUCCCGUUCCGUUCCGUUCCGUUCCCCGGCGCGGCCCGUCCCGGCCCGGCGGGAGGGAGGGCCGGCAUGGAGAAGCUGCGGCGGGUGCUGGCCGGGCAGGACGACGAGGAGCAGGGACUGACGGCGCAGGAUAAAGUGUUGGACCUAACAAGGUCCUUGAUGCCUCAACACUCAGCUUUGGUACUCGAGUCAGAUGGUUUGCCAUAUGCUUUGUUGCUGGCAUCGUGUGCUCUUUUCUUUACAUGUUUCCUGAUGGGGCCACUGAAGCAAUUGAAAGCAAUGUUUGAUCCAAAACGAUUAAUAGCUACAAUUGUGAUGUUGGUAUAGUCUGUCUUAUAUUCCUUUUGCAAGGGAUGCUGUGAUUAAAUGCUUCUCAUCCUGUCUAGGGUAAAUUAUAAUCAGGAACCACUGUCCACUUUAAAAGCCAACUGUAAAUUUUGCUCAGAAAACUAUACUUUUCCACUCCUGAAAUAACCAGUAACAAUUUAGUAUUUUCCUUGCCUUUUGCAUUUGGGACAUUAAAUAAUUUUUACUAGAAAGAGUUUUAAAAAUAAAUUUGGUGAAUUGUUUGUGUUUACUCUGGAACUUCCAGGCUUUUUUUUU